AUGUGGGUAUACAUGUAUGCACUGAGUUGUGUCACUAUUCCAGCCCACCCAUACUGCAGGGUAAUCGCAACAAAUAAUGGUCAAGCUGUGUAUAAACAAUCGAGCGACUGCCCAGGCAAUCUUAAAUGGAGUACAAAUGGAAUAACAAUCAUGGGCAAUGGUUAUGGUUCAGAUCCAGAUCAAUUACAAUUUCCUGAAGGUUUAUUUAUCGAGGCUAAAACACAAAUUUUAUAUGUUGCUGAUGUUUCUAAUAAUCGUGUUCAAAAACGUUAUCCAAAUGGUAAAAUACAAACUGCUGCUGGCCAAGCUAAUGGUGCCAGUGGAUCAACGUCAGACAAACUGGACGGUCCGAGAGAUAUUUUUGCAGAUGAAAAUGAAAAUGUUUUUGUUGUUGAUACGGGAAACCAACGAAUUCAAUCUUGGAGAAAAAAUGCUAAAACUGGAAAAACAGUUGCUGGAAAUGGCAGCGCUGGUGCAGCAUUAAAUGAAUUUAAUCGUCCAUAUGCAGUUGUACUCGAUACAAAGAAAAAUAUUAUAGUUGCUGAUUUGCAAAAUCAACGCGUAACAAGAUGGCCAUCGGCAUAUGAUCCAAGAACAUCUUUUGGUACAAUCAUAGCAGGGGGUAAUGGUGCAGGUCUCAAUCUAUAUCAAUUAAAUAGUCCAACUGGUUUAUAUCUAGACGAACCAAAUAAUAUCUUAUAUAUAUCAAACGAAGAAUCUCAUUCAGUAACACAAUGGAAUAUGGAUACUUAUGGAAAUAAAAAUAUAUAUGCUGGUAUCCCUGGGAGACUUGGUAAUAGUGCAGCUCAAUUACAAAGUCCUGAAGGUCUAACUCUUGAUAAAUAUGGUAAUUUAUACAUUGCUGAUUGUCAAAAUCAUCGAAUCCAAAUGUUUUGUCCAUAUUCUGUAUAUGGUAUAACAAUUGCAGGUACGGGCCGAAUAGGUAAUGACAGUAAUGAAUUAUAUUAUCCACGGGAUGUGGCAUUUGAUUCAGAAAUGAAUUUUCCUGAUCAAACUCAAUCUGAAUUUCAACUUCGAGCAGCUGAUAAAAAUAUUGAUCGCGGGCAAUCGAGUGUCAAACUUAACGCGACUUUAUAG